AUACACAUUCCUUUGAAGGUCAGUGACACAAUCACCCCCGCCAACCCACGCAAUCACAAUCUCGAUAGUGUCACAUCUCGUGUGGUGGGCGUCGGCGUGCGGAUCUUCCUCCAAGACCCCGCCUUCACUCGCCCGCUCAUUCAUCCUUUUGGGAUGGAAUAUCUGGGUGAUACUGCUGCUGCUGCUGCUGCUGGUGUUGGUGCACCAGGGACGAGCUCGCUGGCUGGAAACGGAGCAGACAAUAACGAGGAUGUGGAUGCGCGGCGUGAGCAUCGGACGUACAGUGGGGAUCUGAGAGGAUCGCUGCGCAUUCAGGUGAUGAGAGUGGAUGGGGAGAAAGCAUCUCAUGGAUGGGUACAGUGCGGUUGGGAGCGCUGUCAGGAAGGUACAGAAGGUUGGGAGGAACGUGAGCAUCGGACGUACAGUGGGGAGCUGAGAGGAUCGCUGCGCAUUCAGGUGUUUGAAGUGGUGGAGCGCGGUCGGAAAGCAGGAGCGAAGGAAAAGGUUAAGGUGAAGAAGGAGGAAGGGGAGGAGGAGGGGAGGGAGGAGGAGGAGGGUGGUGGAGAGGAGGGAGUGGAGGAGAGGGUGGUGAGGGAGUGGGUGGAAGGGGAGGUGCAUCUGGGGGCGGUCCCUGUGAUGCUUAGAUCCAUCCCCACAGGUGGUUCUUUAGUCUGUCUUCUGUCUCUCCAUCCCCUUCGUGCGCACACACCACAGGUGGUAGUUCCUCAGCUCGUGAGAGCACCCAACACCAUCCUCGUUGGGCCUGCACCUUCCGAGUCUGCCCUCUUUCUGUCUGUGCUCUAUCUGUCCAUAUGCAACCCUGCAGGUGGUCUUUCCUCAGCUCGUGAGAGCACGCGACACCAUCCUCGUUGGGCCUGUUCCGCCUCCCUCCGGCCUCGUUUGUCUAUCAUUCCUUCUCCCCUCCACCUUUCCUCCCCCUAUUCACACCCACACAUGUGGUCAUUUAUUCCCCAGCCCGUGAGAGCACCCAACACCAUCCUGGUCGAGCCUGCUCCCCCCCAAUCUACUCACCCCCCCCCCCCCUUGCCCAUUUGCAUUGCACCCACACCACAGGUGGUUAUUCCCCAGCUCGUGAGAGCACCCAACACCAUCCUCGUCGAGGGUGCUCCGCCCCUUUCUGCUUCUGCUGCUGCCAGAGCUGCCUCGAUGGGCGGCGGGACAGCAGAGGGGGCGGGAAUGUGGAGGGACGAGUGGGUGGCUUCUGUUGUCUCUACUGAGGAUGAUAUGGGAGGGUUCAAGGCAGGACCACGGGCAAAAAAAAGGCGGCAGCAGGAGGUGCUGCAGCUGCUGCAGCACACGUGUGAAGAGAACCGGAGUACCAACCAGCAGGCUGCUCUUGCCGCCCUCGAGUCUCUGACGCACAACAACAGGCUCUCUGCAUGGGAUCUCCUGGCCAAUGACAUGCUGCCACAUGUCGGCUCUGGGCCCGCUUCUCUCCCCGCCAAGGCACAGUUUGCCCAUCAGGCCACUGCCUUCUGUCAGAGCACCGGCUCAAGGCCCGCCUCUCUCCCCGUCAAGGCGCAGUUCGUUGCUUUCAUGGCUCGAAGCCUCUGCUCCACCUGCCUCGGAUACGCGCCUCCUCCGCCGGCUCUAGCAACUGGAAACUGGCACCGGCCCGGGAGCUACGGCCGAGCCAAAGGCGGCAGGUUCGGCAGCGGCAGCCAGGGCAGGUUCGGCGGAGGGUGGUAUGGGACGAGCAGCAGCAGUCUGCAUGCGAGUGAGCCGCUCAACCGGCUGUCUGCUGCUGCGGCACUGUCGCACCUGAGGAGGAUGGAGGUGCCUUCCCAUCGAUCCAACACCUCUGCUGCAGCUAGGCAGAUCCAUGCGACAUUCUUUGGCCGCAUCUGCCCACUUGAAACCCCCAAGUCCGAGGCAAUAGGGUUUUCACUUAACCUUGCCCUUGCUACCUGCGUCUCUGGAGAUGGGGGGGAGGAGGAAGAAGAGGAUACGGAGGAAGACGGGAAAGAAAGGGAAGGAGAUGGUGCGAAAGCGGUUGAGAGUGGUGAUGAUGACAUUUGGGCUUUGGAUGACAUUGGUGACGGUGCUAAUAACGCUUGGGCUUUAGAUGAUGAUGAUGAUGGUGGUGGUGGUGUGAGAAAGGGUAAGGGAGAAGGACGCGGUGCAGCAAAAGGUGGUGGGAUGCAGAAGGAUGGAAGUGCGAUGGGUGUGCAGGGUGACAUGGCGUUUGGUGAUUGGUGGCUGGUGAAGGAGCUGCAGACACGUGGCAUGGUCCUACUGGAGGCCUUAAGAGAGAGGAAGGAGGAGGGUGAGGGGGUGAGAGGAGGAGGAGGAGGAGGAGGAGGAGGAGGAGGAGGAGGAGGAGGAGGAGGAGGAGGAGGAGGAGGAGGAGGAGGAGGAGGAGGAGGAGGAGGAGGGGGGGAAGUAUGGGUCAAUGGGCGGCCAGUCGGGUGGCAUGCUGACCUGGCAGAGCUGACUAGGCAGCUGAGGAGGAAGAGACAAAAGGGCGCCAAGAGAUACAGAGAGCUGGGCAUGGCCUUUCACCCCGCGCUGCACUCCCUGCACCUCGCCUCCUCCCCUGGUCGCAUCCUCCGCCCCUUGCUGCUGCAGCAGCCGCCCAUCGACCUGCCUCACAAUACCAACAGCAGCAGCAACAGCAACAGCCACAGCUGGGAGCAGGCGUGGCAGGAGAUGCUAGCAUCAGGGGCGGUGGAGUAUGUAGAUGCAGCAGAGGAGGCGGCUAACUGCGUUGCUGCCCCAGCAGAACCGCUCCUGGCUGCUGAACAGCACAGCCGGGGACUCGUCGUGUUCGGAGCAGCAAGCCCAUGGGAUGAAAACGGAGCAGCACGGAAUGCUAGGCAGCAGUCUCCCGACUCUACUCUGUUGUCUGGACUCGCCUUUCGUCUGGGCUCACCUGGUUUGGCUGCAUCUGCUCGCCACUCCCACGUGGAGAUCCAUCCAGAGCUCAUCUUUGGAGCGAUUGCAUCGGCCCUGCCGUUUGUGAAUCACAACGGCGUUUCUCGCAGCACGGGCGCCGCACACAUGUUCAAACAGGCCAUGGGCAUGCCAGCGUACAACCUCCCUCAUCGCCCCGAUCGCACGCUCUUUGCUCUGCACUACCCCCAGCGCCCGCUUGUGGCAUCCAAAAUUGCAGAACUCGCCACGGGCCUGGCAGACUUCCCCAAUGGGCAGAACGCCAUCGUCGCUGUGAUGAGCGCUGGAUACAACCAGGAGGAUGCGUUGAUCAUCAACCAGGCAUCGGUCGAUAGAGGGCUGUUUGGCAGCACCACCUUCAGAAGCUUCGUGGAAGAGGAGGGCAAGGCUGGUCGGGGCAAGGUGGAAGUGACCUGGAGGUUCGGCAAACCGAGCCAGGACGGGGGGGCAGGAGCGGCUUGGCCCGGGGCUGCCGAGCCUGCUGGUUUGGGAGUUGGUGUGGGGGAGAUGGAGGUGGAAGAGGGAGGUGGGGAUGGGUGGGGAGGGAAGGGAGUGGAAGGGGGAGGUGGUGGGGGGUGGGGGGGAGGGAAUGGGGAAGGAGGGGGUGGAGGAGGGGGUUGGGGGGGAGGUGGAGACGGUGGGGCCGGGGCUUGGGGAGGAGGGGGAGGGGGAGAGACAGGGGGAGGUUGGGGCGGGGGAAGGGGAGUGGGAGAGACGGGGGGAGGUUGGGGCGGGGGAGGGGGAGUGGGAGAGACGGGGGGAGGUUGGGGCGGGGGAGGAGGAGGGGGAGGCGGGGAUACAGGAUGGGGAGGGGAUAGAGGGACAGGUGAGGCGGGCAUGGGGGGAGGAGCGGGAGGAUGGGGAGGAGGAGGGAGAGGAGGGGGGGAAGGAAGGGGAGGAGGGGAAGGGGAAGGAGGAGGAGGAAUGGGAGGAGAGGGAGGAGGGGAAGGAGCGGAAGUAGCUGCUGCUUCUGGAAAAGCUGGGCAUGCGGGAUGGGAUGCGGAUGGUCUUACCGAUAGCGAUAAUGAUGCUGCUGCUGGCGGUGCUGCUGGUGCUGGUGCUGGUGCUGGUGCUGGUGCUGGCAGUGGUGCUGCUGCUGGUGCGACUUCUGAGGCGCCUCAAAAGGCGGCUGCAGGGAAGGCGGGGCGCGCGGGGUGGGAUGCAGACGGUCUUACUGAUAGUGAUGAUGAUGCUGGUGCUGGUACUGCUGGUGGUGCUUCCAGUAAUGGUCGUGGUGGUGCUGCUGCUGGUGAUGGUGAUGACGGUCGGCAGAGGAGGGGAAGGAGAGGUGGACAAGAAGAGGGACGACCCAUUCGAGCCAAGGCAGAGCCCAUUGAUCUCACACAAGAUGAAGAUGAUGCUGACGUGGCGAUGGCGCAGGCUGACGAGAAGGAUGCCACGUGGCAAGGUGAUGAUGACGUGGCGGUCAAGCGAGAUGAUGACGUGGCAGUGAUUCAAGAGACGGGUGCAUGGGGGAAGCAAGCAGGAGGGUCAGGGGCAGCAGCAGCAGAUGCUGAGAUGCCUCAGAAUGAAGAAGGAGCAGGAGCAGCAGAAGUAGGAGCAGGGGCAGGAACAACAGGAGGAGAAGGAACAGGGUGGGGUGAGAGGAGUGAGAGGAGUGAGAGGGAGGAGGGUGGGAAUGGUGGGUGGGGCGAAAGUGAGAGGGCAGAGGGUGGGGGUGGUGGGUGGGGUGGGAGUGAAGCAGCAGGUGGGGCAGGUGGGGGUGUUGGGUGGGGUGAGGGUGAUGGUACUGCUGCUGCUGCCGCUGGUGCGGAUAACAGUGGUGGUGGGUGCGGGAGUGAUGCUGCUGAUGCUGCUGCUGGUGCUGAAGGUGGGGAGGAUGGGGAUGGUGGGUGGGGUGGUGGUAAUGGUGAUGGUGAUGGUGAUGGUGCUGUUGCUGCCGCUGGUGUGGAUAACAGUGGUGCUGUUGGUCCUGGUGGCGAGUGGGGGAGUGGUGCUGCUGAUUCUGCUGCUCGUAGGGAUGGUGGGGAUGGUUGGGGUGGUGAUGCGGGUGGGAGUGGUGAGGGUGCUGGUGGGGGUGGUGGUGGUACUGGUGAGAGUGGCGCAUGGGGUAAUGAGGAAGAUACAGGAAGAGUAGGAGGAGGGGCUGCAGCAGAAGCAGGGGGAUGGGGUGCAAGUGGCAAGGAGGGGGGCGAGGGUGGUGGGUUAAAUGACAGUGGAGGAGGGGAAGGAGGGGAAGGAGGGGGAGGAGGGGGAGGUAGGGGUGCUGCUGCUGGCGCUAGUGGCGCUGAUAAUGGUGAUGCUGCUGGUGAUGAUGGUGCUGAUACUGCUGGUGUUGCUGGUCGUGGUGGUGGGUGGGGGAGUGGUGCUGCUAAUGCUGCUGAUGCUGGUGGUUGGGGUGGGGGUGGUGGUGAUGAGGAGGAUAGAGGAAGAGAGGGAGGAACAGCAGCAACAGCAGAAGCAGGGGGGUGGGGUGCAAGUGACAAGGAGGGGGGCGAGGGUGGUGAGUUGAAUGGCAGUGGGGGAUGGGGCCGAGGGGAAGGAGAGGGAGGAGGAGGGGGAGGGAGAGGAGAGGAAGGAGGGGGGGGAAGGGAAGGAAGGGGAGGAGGAGGGGGAGGAGGGUGGGGUGCUGGUAGUGGUGGUGGUACUAGUCGUGGUGGAUGGGGGACUGCUAAUGCUGAUGCUCAUGCUGAUGCUGAUACUGAUACUCAUGCUCAUGUUGAUGCUGCUGCUGGUGGUGGGGACGGUUGGGGUGGUACAGGUGAUGCUGUUGGUGGUGGUAGUGCUGGUGGUGCUGGUGAUGCAUCUGGUGCUGUUGCUGCUAGUGGGGGUGGUUGGGGUGGUACGGGUGAUGCUGCCGCUGGUGAUGCUGCCGCUGGUAGUGCUGGUGCUGCUGGUGAGGGUGGUUGGGGUGGUGGUGGUGCUGCUGGUGGUGCUGGUGGUGGGGCUGGUGGGGCUGGAUGGGGGGGUGGUUCUGCUGCUGGUGAUGGUGGGGGUGGUUGGGGUGGUAAGGGUGAUGGUGGGGGUGCUGGUUGUGGCGGUGCUGGUGGGGGUGGUUGGGGUGGUACAGGUGCUGCAGCUGGUGCUGGUGGUGCUGGUGAGGGUGGGGGUGGUUGGGGUGGUGGUGGUGCUUCUGCUGUUGGCGCUGGUAAUGCCGGUGAGGGUGGUUGGGGUGGUGCGGGUGAUGCUGCCGCUGGUGCUGGUGCUGCUGGUGAGGGUGGGGGUGGUUGGGGCGGUGAUGGUGCUGGUGGUAAUGGUGGUGCUGGUGGGAGUGGUUGGGGUGGUGAUGCUGCAGCUGGUGGUGGUGGGGGUGGUUGGGGUGGUACGGGUGAUGCUGCCGCUGGUGCUGGUGCGAGUGGGGCGGGAGGGGGAUGGGGAGGAGGGGGUGGAGAGGGGGGAUGGGGAGGAGGUGGGGGAGGGGGAGGAGGGACGGGUGGGGAGGAGGAGGGGGUGGUGGGGAUGGUGGGGGUGGUGGGGAUGGGUGGGGAGGCGGAAGAGGAGGUGGGGAUGGGUGGAGAGGUAGAGAGGACGGGGGAGACGAGGGCGGAAGGGGGGAAAGGGGGUGGAGGGGGAGGGGAGGAAGGGGGAGGGGUCGCGGGAGGGGAAGGGGAAGGGGGAGGGAAAACGAUUCGUGGGGAGACAGGGAGAGAGGGGAUGGGGGGGACGAUGGAGGAGGGGGGACUGGAUGGGGGGGAGGCGGAUCAGGGGGAGGUGGAUGGGGGGGAGGAGGGGGAGGUGGGUGGGGGGGAGGUGGAGAAGGGGAAGGUGGAGGGGGAGGAGAGCAUGAGUUUAGGGGAGAUCGAGAUGGGGGGAACCGAUGGGGGGGAGGAGGGGGAGGCGGAUGGGGGGAAGAUGGGGGAGAAGAGGAGGGGAGAAGCUUUGGGGGAGGAGAAAGAGGCAGGGGCAGGGGCAGGGGCAGGGGGAGGGGCAGGGGGAGGGGAAGAGGAGAAGGGGAUUUCCAGGGAGGCAGAGGAGGUGGAGGGAGAGGGGGGCGAGACUAUCAUGGAGAGCAGAGGGAGCGGAGAGAACGGCAGGAGAGGCCUAAGAGAUGGUCCCAGCGAGGAAGAGCGAUUUUGCAGUCUCAAGGAGUUUCAGCUGGAAGGGGGAGGUGGCAUGGUGGACACUGCUCGCAUGGUGCUGAGAGGGGAGGAGGAGAAAGUUCGUAAUCUGAUGGUGUCUCAAGUGGAGGGGGGAGGCGGGAUUGUGGAUGCUGCUCGCAUGGACAUGGACAGUCACGGCGUGCGGCUGGGGAGGGUUCGUCUGCGUGCCACACUGCGACCAGAAGUGGGCGACAAGCUAACCAGUCGGCACGGGCAGAAGGGGGUCAUUGGCCGCGUCCUGCCGUCCCACGACCUGCCCUGGUUCGACGGUGUCGCCAGAAUCAGUUCCUCUCUAAAGCCUCCUUCUGCUGCUGCCGGUUCGGGUGCUGCCACUGCCGCUGCCGCUGCUGCCGGUGCUGCUGCUGCUGGAGUUGGUGCUGCUGAAAUGAGUAGUCCAGCUGCUGCUGGUGCACCUACAGCAGUGGGAGCGCCCUUAGGGGUGGUACCAGACUUGGUGAUCAACCCACACGCGCUGCCCUCCCGCAUGACUCUAGGGCAAGUCAUGGAAGCCCUCUUUGCUAAGGUGGCGUGCUCUCCCGUGCAAGAGACAAACAGCAAGAGUACCCUCUCGGCCUUCUCCGCCUGCUCCUCUGACCUCUGGGGCUCGGACCUUUUGUCUGAAGCACAGCACCGGCUGCGCAGUUGCGGCUACUCACCUCUGGAUUUGGGCAAAGACAUUGCAUACUGUGGGGUGACGGGGCGGGAGAUGGAGGGGAGGGUGUUUGUCGGCCCCACGCACUACCUGCGUCUGAAACAUUUGGCAGGGGACAAGAGAGCUACACGGGCCAUUGGGACCAAGCAGAUGACCACGCGCCAGCCCACGAAAGGCCGCGCGCAGCAGGGGGGCAUGCGGGUGGGGGAGAUGGAGAGGGACUGCCUGGUGGCGCACGGGGCAGCGCACUCCCUCUCAGAGCGCCUCUCUCUCCUCUCAGACGCCACCGCUGUCGCUGUCUGCUCUGCCUGCCGCCUCAUCGCCACUGCGGCCGGUGGCUCUAGGGGAGGUGGACUCGGGACAGGUGGAUCUGCGGGAGGAGGACUUGGGGCGGGUGGUGGUGGCAGCGGGUUUGAUGGUUACGCUGCUGCUGGUGCUGCUGCUGGUGCUACAGCUGGUGGUGGUGGUUUCGGUGGUUUUGGAGGAGAGGGGAGUGAUUGUCAUGGCCCGGUGUGCCAGUCGUGUGGAAGCAGCAUGAACACCACAGAGUCAUGUGAAGUGAAGCACUACACAGGCGUCUGUGGUGCUACACAUGACCCAUGA